AUGUCGUUAACAAACUGCCGCUUUUACGAGGAGAAGUUCCCGGAGAUUGAUAGUUUUGUAAUGGUGAACGUGAAGCAGAUUGCAGAGAUGGGCGCAUACGUUAAGCUGCUGGAAUACGACAACAUCGAUGGAAUGAUAUUGCUAUCGGAGCUGUCGAGACGACGUAUCAGAAGUAUACAAAAGCUUAUUCGAGUGGGAAGAAAUGAAGUCGUGGUAGUUCUUCGUGUGGAUAAGGAGAAAGGUUAUAUCGAUCUGUCGAAACGAAGAGUAUCCCCGGAAGAUGUCAUCAAAUGUGAAGAACGAUACAAUAAGGGCAAACUCGUUCACUCAAUCAUGCGCCACGUUGCGGAGAAGACCAAGACUCCAAUGGAAACGCUCUAUUCGCAAAUUGGCUGGCCACUGAACAAGAAAUAUGGACAUUCCAUUGAUGCCUUCAAACUUUCUAUCACAAACCCGAGUGUCUGGGAUGAUGUAACAUUCCCGAGUCAGGUGGUUAAGGAUGAACUCCAAAACUAUAUUAGCAAGAAGCUCACUCCACAUCCAACUAAAGUCCGUGCAGAUGUCGAAGUGACUUGUUUCGGCUACGAUGGUAUCGAUGCUGUGAAGGAUGCUCUUCGGACUGCAGAAUCAAAUAACACACAAGAUGCACAGGUCAAAGUUAAGCUUGUGUCACCCCCGCUCUACGUGCUAACUAGCCACUGUUUGGACAAGAACCAUGGAAUCUCUGUGCUGGAGGAGGCGAUCAAGAGCAUCAACACAAAAAUCCGGGCUUCUGGAGGGGCCUGCGUGGUCAAGAUGGCGCCCAAGGCUGUUACGGAGCACGAUGAUGCGGAAUUGCAAGCUCUCAUGGAGAAGAGGGAGCGGGAGAACCAGGAAGUUAGCGGAGAUGAGGAUAUGAGCGAGAGCGACGAGGGCAUUGUCGAUGCGUAA